GCCUGGGACAUGCUGUGUGUGUGUCUGUAAUAUAUACAGUGACUGUCCCACUCCCAGCCAUAUCCAAUUCUUCCGGCUCAGCCCUGCAACAUGUCUGUCCUCACAAAUCUCUUCGACUACAUAGAGAAGUCCCAGGAUCUCUAUGUUAAGAGACUGGCAGAAUGGGUGGCAAUACAGAGUGUAUCUGCCUGGCCAGAAAAAAGAAGCGAGAUAAAGAAGAUGAUGGAAGUUGCAGCUAAGGAGAUUGAGCGUCUUGGAGGGGAGGCUGAACUGGUCGACAUUGGCAAACAAAAGCUCCCUGAUGGUUCAGAGAUUCCACUUCCCCCUAUUAUCCUGGGCAAAUUGGGUUCCGACCCUGGUAAGAAGACUGUGUGUGUUUAUGGACACCUUGAUGUCCAGCCAGCAGCUCUGGAGGAUGGGUGGGACAGCGAACCCUUUGUGUUGGAAGAAAGAGAUGGCAAACUGUAUGGGAGAGGAUCUACAGAUGACAAAGGUCCUGUGCUUGCAUGGCUGAACAGCAUAGAGGCUUAUCAAAAAACUAACCAGGAGAUUCCAGUCAACCUUAAGUUCUGUUUUGAAGGAAUGGAGGAGUCUGGGUCUGAAGGCUUGGAUGACCUGAUUUUUGCCAAAAAGGAUACCUUCUUCAAAGAUGUAGACUAUGUUUGCAUUUCUGAUAACUAUUGGCUGGGCAAAAACAAGCCCUGUAUUACAUAUGGCCUCCGCGGGAUCUGCUAUUUUUUUAUUGAGGUGGAAUGCAGCAAUAAAGAUCUUCAUUCAGGAGUAUAUGGAGGUUCUGUUCAUGAAGCCAUGACAGACCUUAUUGCACUAAUGGGCAGUUUAAUUGACAAAAAAGGGAAAAUUCUUAUUCCGGGAAUAAAUGAAGCUGUAGCAGCAGUUACAAAAGAAGAAAGGAAAAUCUAUGAUGCUAUUGACUUUGAUCUCGAGGACUUUGCAAAUGACAUUGGUGCAAACAAACUUCUACAUGGUGCCAAGCAUGAAAUACUGAUGCACCGGUGGAGAUAUCCAUCUCUUUCUCUCCAUGGAAUUGAGGGGGCUUUCUCUGCAGGAGGAGCUAAAACGGUCAUACCACGGAAGGUCAUCGGAAAGUUCUCAAUAAGAUUAGUUCCAGAUAUGAAUCCAGAUGACGUGAAGACACAGGUUGAAGACUACUUAACAAAAAAAUUCAAAGAGCUGGAAAGUCCAAACAAGUUCAAAGUGACAAUGGGCCAUGGCGGUAAACCAUGGGUGUCUGACUUUAAUCAUCCUCACUACCUUGCUGGAAGGAAAGCCAUGAAAGCUGUGUUUAAUGUAGAACCUGAUCUAACCAGAGAGGGCGGAAGCAUUCCUGUAACGCUCACUUUCCAAGAGGCCACUGGCAAGAAUGUUAUGCUUCUGCCUGUGGGUUCUGCCGAUGACGGGGCACACUCUCAAAAUGAAAAACUAAACCGGUUUAAUUACAUCCAGGGAGUGAAGCUUCUAGGCGCUUACCUGUACGAGGUUUCUCAACUAGAAUAAAGCCUCAAUUCACUGUAUUCUGUUUCUUUAUCAUCGGAGGAUAAAGAUCAUUCCAUAUUUUCAUAUUUUAUAUGUUCUAAAAAGGCUGCUACAAUAAAUCUCUAGCCUACAGGCAUUUUAAAAAAAAAA